GAAUUCUUUUUUUGCUUUUUUUUUUCGCUGGCCCUAAUCCUCUUCCGUACAUUUUAACAGGGUUGUGUACAAUUUCACCUUGCCCAUUAUCACCUUUACCACAACUGAUGCGUCAUAUGAUCAUAUCCUACCCUAUCUGCACAUUUUCCAGUAAGUAAGUAACACAGGAUGUGUGUGGGCUCCGAAAAACUGAGUCAGUGCUUCAAUGCCAAGAAAACCGUCGAGCUCUAAGUUUUGAGUGUGGAAUUCAUUAUUAACCUAGCAGGGUCACACUCAGGUUUGAGCCAAAGGGGGAAGAGACAGGAAGGGAAAAGACUCAUGCAAGACCAGACAGGAUUUGUGACGGAAGCUGACUAUUUAAAUAAGAUCUGUAAAAGGGAUGUGCUAUCUCUUUCAUUCAUUGCCACUGGAGGGGAACCAGAAGUUGAAAAACAAAGUUCAUUUUUCAAGAUGUGCAUCCCUCUGGCCCUGUUGUUCAUCUCUCUAAUGGCAGCUCCUGAGUGCUCAAGUCUUCCAACAAAGACCGACUCCAUCAGAAACAACAUACACAGCAUAGUAAACAUUGCUAAGAUAACUCUGGUCCACAUAGACAACCUAAAGAAUAAGACGCCCCUACAGUUAGAGGUCUCCACUCCACCCAUGAAUGGAUUAACUGAUAUCAGCCUCUACCUUGGACAUUUAGAUGACGAGCUGCAAAGCCCCUUCACAAAUCUCCUGAGUCAGAUUCAAGCUGACGUUUCCAGCCUGGACUCAAGGGUGCGCUCUCUUGCCUUAAUGUUGGACUGCCCCAUCCAGGACAAACCGAGUGCGGAGCACAGGGAGCUUUUGUUCCCUGACAGCCAGCACUAUGUGACACUGGCAAAGGUGCAGCACUACCUGGAGAACCUUCCUUCAAAUAAGGAGAAACUUAAGGUUUGCUGACAAAUGCACAUGGAUUUCAAAUGCAAUAUGCUGCAAUGAUGUCAAUAUCGUUGUGGCGUGGUGUCUAAAAAAUGUUUUUUUUAUUUGAUAUAGUUUUUAUAUUUUCUAUGAAUAGAUGUCUUGUUUUUUACAGACUGUUGGCUAUUUAAUAGUUAAACUAAAAACAUAUUUUAUUUGAAGAAAAUGUUUACAUGAAAGUAUAUUUGUUGUUUAAAACAUAUAAUAGCUUAAAUUAUUACACUGAAUAAAGUAUUUAUCUAUGAGUAUGAUUUGAUUGUGAAUUAUUGUUUUGUUAUUACAAAUGGGAUAAUUACUGAAAGUGAUGGCAAAAACUGUUGUAAGCAAAAGUGAAAAACAAAUGUGUGAAAAGUGGCACGUUAUUUAAAGUGAAAAGUUAAUGCUUUUUAAUGUAGUUAUUUUUGUGGUGAUUUUAGAUUUGUUUUUAAUAGCAUGGCUACUUUACAGUGCCUCACUAAGGUGAGACAUUUCAUUUCCACCACACAACUCAGUGUUUUAUCAAUGUUAGGUGAUAGACAAGUAAUCAAAUGCAUUAUUAAAUAGUCGUCAACAUGGUCUUCCUUUUA